AUGAAAUCAACUACAAGAUCAGCUGAGUUUGAAUCAAUUGAUACAACUACAAGAGCAAGUUUAACCUUAUCCACGACGAGUAAAGCAACAUUUAAUUUAACAUCAGCAGAUGAUGUAAGUGAAACUACACCAAUUGCAAGUGGAAUGACAACUAAGUUAAAGGAUGACGAUAAGGUAGACGUAAAGCAAAAAUCUAAAGAUGCAACAAGUGAAUCACUUACAACGGAAAAAUCAAUCCAAGAAACUUCUCCACAAGAAAUUGAACAACCAACUACAAGAUCAGAAGAGUACGAAUCAAUUGCAACAACUACAAGAGCAAGUCCAACCUUAUCCACGACGAGCAAAGCAACAUUCAAUUUAACCACAACAGAUGUAACUGAAAUUACAACAAUUUCAAGUGAAAUGACAACUAAGUUAGAGGGUGACGAUAAGGUAGCCGUAAAGCAAAGUUCAUCAACAAGAUUACCGUCUACUACAAUAUCAAAAUCAUCAUUAACAUCUUCAUCAUAUGUUACAUCAACCUUAAGACCAGAAUCUAAAGAUGCAGCAAGUGAAGUAUCUACAACGGAAAAAUCAAUCCAAGAAACUUCAUCGCAAGAAAUUGAUCAACCAACUACAAGAUCAGAAGAGUACGAAUCAAUUGAUACAACUACAAGAGCAAGUUCAACCUUAUCCACGACGAGUAGCACAAUAUUUAAUUUAACAUCAGCAGAUGAUGUAAGUGAAACUACAACAAUUUCUAGUGCAAUGACACCUAAGUUAGAGGAUGACGGUAAGAUAGAACAAAGUUAA